AUUUCGGGAGCGGGAUUGUCUCCCGCAGGAAGCAGGCUCCAUUUUAGCGCCGCCCGCCGUCGCCAUCUGUGUGUCUCCCCUUCCCCUUGUCCCUGUGGUGGCGGCGUCCCAACAGGAAGGCUGAAGCCCGGGCCGCCCGAGGCCAGUGCCGAAAGGCGGGAAGGAGAAGCGAGGCCGGGUGCGCUUAGGAGCUGAGUGGCGCAGUUCAGGUCGGAGCGCGCGGCCCGCCGGACGGACUGACGGACGGGCUCGUGCGCCUGCGGCCGCGGCUGCGGCGCCCGCGCGACUCGCGUCCCGGCGGUGGCGGCGGCGGAAGCCGGGGGGCAGCCAUGGCGGCCGACAGCCGGGAGGAGAAAGAUGGGGAACUUAAUGUUUUAGAUGAUAUUUUAACUGAAGUACCAGAACAGGAUGAUGAACUGUACAAUCCAGAGAGUGAACAGGAUAAAAAUGAGAAAAAAGGAUCAAAAAGAAAAAGUGAACGAAUGGAAUCUACUGACAGCAAGCGACAGAAGCCUUCCAUCCAUUCAAGGCAGCUGAUUUCUAAGCCACUAAGCUCAUCUAUUAGCAAUAAUAAAAGAAUAGUUAGUACAAAAGGAAAGUCGGUUACAGAAUAUAAAAAUGAGGAAUAUCAAAGAUCUGAAAGGAACAAGCGUCUAGAUGCUGAUCGAAAAAUUCGUCUGUCAAGUAGUUCUUCUAGAGAACCUUACAAGACUCAACCAGAAAAACCUUGUCUACGGAAAAGGGAUUCUGAAAGAAGGGCCAAGUCUCCUACACCAGAUGGUUCUGAGAGAAUUGGGCUUGAAGUUGAUAGACGUGCAAGCAGAUCCAGCCAGUCUUCAAAGGAAGAGGUUAACUCUGAAGAAUAUGGCUCUGACCACGAGACAGGGAGCAGUGGUUCUUCUGAUGAACAGGGCAACAACACUGACAAUGAGGAGGAAGGUGUGGAAGAAGAUGUAGAUGAGGAUGAAGAGGUAGAUGAAGAUGCAGAAGAUGAUGAGGAAGUGGAUGAAGAUGCAGAGGAGGAGGAAGAGGAGGAUGAAGAGGAAGAAGAGGAGGAAGAAGAGGAAGAGGAAGAAUAUGAACAGGAUGAGAGAGAUCAGAAGGAAGAGGGAAAUGACUAUGACACCCGGAGUGAGGCCAGUGAUUCUGGUUCUGAGUCUGUUUCCUUCACAGAUGGAUCUGUCAGAUCUGGUUCAGGAACAGAUGGAUCAGAUGAGAAAAAGAAGGAGAGGAAGAGAGCUCGAGGCAUAUCACCCAUUGUUUUUGAUAGAAGUGGCAGUUCUGCAUCAGAGUCAUACGCAGGUUCAGAAAAGAAGCAUGAGAAAUUAUCAUCUUCCGUUCGUGCUGUCCGAAAAGAUCAAACCAGUAAACUCAAAUACGUCCUUCAAGAUGCAAGAUUUUUCCUCAUAAAGAGUAACAACCAUGAGAAUGUGUCUCUUGCCAAAGCUAAGGGUGUAUGGUCCACAUUGCCUGUAAAUGAGAAGAAACUAAAUCUUGCAUUCAGAUCUGCAAGGAGUGUUAUCUUAAUAUUUUCUGUCCGAGAAAGUGGAAAAUUUCAAGGUUUUGCCAGACUGUCUUCAGAAUCACAUCAUGGUGGAUCUCCUAUACACUGGGUGCUUCCAGCAGGAAUGAGUGCUAAAAUGCUUGGAGGUGUGUUUAAAAUUGACUGGAUUUGCAGGCGUGAAUUACCCUUUACUAAAUCAGCUCAUCUUACCAAUCCUUGGAAUGAACAUAAGCCGGUCAAGAUUGGGCGUGAUGGACAGGAAAUUGAACUUGAAUGUGGAACCCAGCUUUGUCUUCUAUUUCCCCCUGAUGAAAGUAUUGACUUGUAUCAGCUCAUUCAUAAAAUGCGUCACAAGAGAAGAAUGCAUUCUCAGCCUCGAUCAAGAGGACGUCCAUCCCGUCGAGAACCAGUCCGGGAUGUGGGAAGGCGUCGACCAGAAGAUUAUGAUAUUCAUAACAGCAGAAAGAAACCAAGGAUUGACUAUCCCCCUGAGUUUCACCAGAGACCAGGGUAUUUAAAGGAUCCCCGAUACCAGGAAGUUGACAGUUUCACAAAUCUUAUUCCCAACAGACGAUUUUCAGGAGUCCGCCGAGAUGUGUUUUUAAAUGGGUCCUACAAUGAUUAUGUGAGGGAAUUUCAUAACAUGGGACCACCACCUCCUUGGCAAGGAAUGCCUCCUUAUCCGGGAAUGGAACAGCCUCCACACCAUCCUUACUACCAGCACCAUGCUCCACCUCCUCAAGCCCACCCCCCUUACUCAGGACACCAUCCUGUACCACAUGAAGCAAGAUACAGAGAUAAACGAGUACAUGAUUAUGAUAUGAGGGUGGAUGAUUUCCUUCGCCGCACACAAGCUGUUGUCAGUGGUCGGAGAAGUAGACCCCGUGAAAGAGAUCGGGAGCGAGAGCGGGACCGUCCUAGAGAUAACAGAAGAGACAGAGAGCGAGACAGAGGUCGUGAUCGAGAAAGAGAAAGAAUAUGUGAUCGGGACAGAGACCGAGGGGAGAGAGGUCGUUAUCGAAGAUAAUGUGCUUUUGGAAGCACUGAUUGAAGAUGAUAAAACAAAUAUUGUAUUUUUUUUGUGUGUUUACAAGUAGUAAAUUUAUUUUCAGCUGUCUACUUAAAGCUCAUUGUGUAGAAGGAUUUAUUAUCAUCUUUGUUCCAAGCAUGCAGUAGAAUAAGAACUGGAAAUCUCAGAUCCUCCAAAAAUGCACAGUUGACAGUUGAGUUGACACUUUUAUUGGGGCAGAAUGGAACAGUCCAAGAAUGUAGAUAUUGAUUCAUUCUCUAUAAAUGUUCUUUUUACAGUAUAUUCAUCCUAGAGUUACUUUGUUUGUUUUCUUUCUUUUGGAUCUUGAUCAGUAACUGCCAUAGUAUUUUGCUUUGUGUUUCUACAUGUAGCUGCCCACGGUUCAGUAAAAAUAAUGCUGCUAUCAAGUAUGCAAAUAUUGAAGUAUGAUGGUUUGACUAUAUGGCAGUGUUGUAGCAGCCUGUUUCUCCUCUUCCCUCUUUUUUUAAACCUAUAAAGUCACUUCUUAUUUUUUUUUUAGUCUUCAAUGAUGAGAGCAAUAUUAAGAAGACAUUGCUAUCUAAUUUUUAAUCUUUUUAAAUAAAAAAGUUCCCAUGUUCAGUAGCAUGGUUGAUGCUAUUGUUUAGCCUUCCUUCUAAACUGUACAUCGGCUUGGAAUGUUCACAAUUUGCGUGUGUGACAGCAGAAGAUAACCCCACAUUCUACAUUGCUACUGUUUUGUAUGAAAUAAAUUGGUAAAAGAUUGA